AUGUUUCCUAUGUUGCGGCGCUGUCUUCCAGUAGCGAUCAUCUACGCCCUCCUCGCCCAACACAUCGCCGCGCAGACGACGCUCUAUAUCCCCGGGCUCGACCCGCAGCCUGUCACGGCGGCCAUCGUCGGCGUCGACGCCCCGAGCAGCAGUACGACCUGGCGCAUCGGACCCAGGCUUACGAGUGGCAUCUUCACCGAGGCCGUUUCGUCCUUCCAUUCAGAUGGCGAGCAGACGACACAGACCAUGUUUACGGUAGAUAGCGCCAGUGGGUCAGCGGUGCAGGUCGGGACCGCAGGCGUGACGAUCACGUACAAGACGGUCCAAGCUGGGCAGACGACGGGGACGGGGAAUGUUGCCGCGGCGACGCUCUACAUCCCGUUCUUCGACCCCCAGCCCAUCACGGCCGACAUUGAGGGCGUCGACGCGAGCGGACACACCACCUGGCGCAUCGGCCCCGGCGUACCCAGCGGAACGUUGACGGACGACUCUGACCUUUUCGUUUCUGCAACGCUGGUCGCAGGGCCCACGGACCUGCACCUCGUCGAGAACGACACUGAGCUCGGCUUCGCGAUCACCGCAGACUGUGGCCUCAAUGGCGCGGUCGCGGUGUGCACCGUCGACGCGUCCGCGGCCGAUAUCGUCUCGACGACCAUUAUCACGACCACUGCAAACGCUUUCGACGUACAAGUCGCUACAACCGCCCAGGUAACUCUUACCGAUACCGCUGCGACGGCCACCGCUACGAGUUCGGACGACCAGAGAUCCGGAGGGCUGCGGGUGACCACUACCGGGUCUGUACCGCCGAGGAUUGGGACGAGCGGUGCACCUUCUGCUGCAACUGAUAGUGGGAGUGCUAUGCCAAGCGCGACGGGCGGAAGUAAUGGGGCAGAAAGGAUGGGCUCAUCGGUGUUUGGGCUCGGGAUGAGCGUCGCUUUGGUCGCUAUGUGGUUCGCUUGA